AUGUUGGCGCAUAUGAUUCUGCUUCAUUGCACAGGAGUUGUGUGCAUCCAAUGUUCGUGCGCUGCUUUUGUGGGACGACGUCAUGCUCACUUCGUCGAGGUUUGUCUUUCAAGCCUGCUUCGAACACACCCUUGGCUCACCGGAAAGGAACCAUCUCGGCACGACCCUGCCUAUCUUACUGUGCUUCUUGUGGUACUCAACGCCGAGCCCUAUGUUCCCGGGAUGCGAGCUGCUUUCCCACGUCAUGUAUCUGUUGAUAAGCUUUAUUUGCGAGAACUCGUGCCGUCUUUGGUACCACCUGAGCGACCCUCUAUUGAUCUACUGUGUAGUUUGGUGCCUGCCGAUUUAGUCGCUUCCCUGAGCUCCGAUACUCUCAGGCAUAUCUCUCACGACCUUACUUUUGCUGGGCAGGUGAGUUUCCAUUAA